AUGGCAGCGCUCGAGCUGCGGGCCCAGCACCCCGUCGGCAGGGCCAUAUUUACGGCCCUGAUGGUGGCCUUCCAAGCCCACACACGUUGUGCCGUUCUUUCGGAACGCCGCCGCCUGCAUCCUCCCUUUUCGGGCCUUCAGCCUUCGGGUUUCACACCACGCGAGGGGGAGCCAGCAGAUCCGCUGAGUCUUGCAGACGAUGACUUCACCAGCUUCGCGUUCAACCUUGCGUGGUAUGUUGCAACCGAAAACCCUGGUGGCCUGGUCACAAGGGGGCACGAAGACCUUGAGCAACUCCAACCGAGCCCUGGCUGCCGGGCGUGGCACCGACUCGGGGAGGGGUCUUCCUCAGAGCAAGGCACACCAAUGUCACCCUUCACUUCCUCGUCUGCGCCCCUUCCUCCAAAUGGGAGCCUCGCCCAGGCAGCGCUGAACAGCAGCAGUAGGAUGCUCAUAGACAGCGUGCCCUACCCACCCUUUGGCAGCGCAGCCGCCAGCAUUGUGUCUACACAAGAGGGGGAGAUGCGGAGGGCAUCAAUGCUGACCAGCGCGGGCAGCGGGCACUUGCACAAGCGGCCGAGCGGGGUGGACCUGUUGGAGGAGGCCUGCAAACGCGCGCGGUCCACGCCAGACCUGAGCCACAACUCCUCCACCUCAGACUCGCUUACCAGCGAGGAGUUCUCCGCAGCUUCCGGCGCAGGUCACCACAAGGGCCGCAGGAGUUCUGGAAGCUCGCUGAGGCAUUCUCCAGUGGACCUGGUGGCAUCCCCCACCCUCAGCCAGGCCCCUGGUUUGGAUGCGGGGUCGGCUGCUACAACUCCGGUGCUGGAGGCGCUGCCGCCCAAGGAGUUGCGCAGACAGAGGGCCGCCGCCAUUCAUGCGCGACCCUCGCCAUCAUCCACCCUCAGGCCCUUCAGCAUCGGCACGGAUGGAGCGAUGACUCUGGCGCAGCUUAAUUCGCGCAUCCAGGCCAUAUCCACGUCAGACUCCCCUGUCAUGUCUCCGACGGCUUCUUUUGGGCCGGGCUCCUCUGCGCAGAGCGAGGGCAGCCCCAUGCUGCUGUCCCCCUCGCAGGGCACAGCCUCGGACAGUCCCUGUGCGCGCAACGUCACACCCGCCAUCCGGCUGAAGGCCAACAGCUCUGUGGCGGGCAGUGGCAUCACCAUCAAGCAGAUGCUCCACAAGGCCUGGCACCGCUGA